GUCUCACACACUCAAAACUAACUAGUGGUGGUGCAAACGACAUGUCCCUCGAUUUUGUGGGUGGGUUAAUUAAAGGAACCCUGUCAUUGCACCAGUCCCCUCCAUUGCCCUUAAUUUUCUUCCUCUUUCACUGUUUCAGAUCGAACUUUGCUAAGGCAGGAAAAUGGAUCCUGAUGCAGUUAAAUCAACAUUGUCAAAUUUGGCAUUUGGCAAUGUAAUAGCAGCAGCUGCUCGUGAUUAUAAGAAGGAAAUUAUUGCUCAAGAGAAGUUAAAGUCGUCGAGUUCUUUCAAUGAAGAAGUUGACCUUGAUGAGUUGAUGGAUGAUCCAGAACUGGAAAAAUUGCAUGCAGACAGGAUUGCAGCUCUCAAGAAAGAAGCAGAGAAACGAGAAGCCCUACAGAGGAAAGGCCAUGGGGAAUACAGGGAGAUAAGCGAGGGGGAUUUCCUGGGUGAAGUCACUGGGACUGAGAAAGUAAUUUGCCAUUUCUACCAUAAGGAGUUCUAUCGAUGCAAGAUAAUGGAUAAGCAUUUGAAGUCUCUUGCACCAAGGCAUGUUGAUACCAAAUUCAUCAAGCUGGAUGCAGAGAAUGCACCCUUCUUUGUUGCCAAACUUGGAGUGAAAACAUUGCCUUGUGUCAUGCUUUUCAGUAAAGGGAUUGCAAUAGAUAGACUGGUUGGCUUUCAAGAUAUAGGAGGAAAAGAUGAUUUUGCCACUAGGACUCUUGAGAUUAUACUGAUAAAAAAAGGUAUAAUUAGUGAGAAGAAAGAUAACGAAGAUGAUGAAGAUGAUGAUUACCAUGAAAACAGUCAAAGGACAGUAAAAUCAUCUACCAAUCCUGAUUCCGAUUCAGAUUAAAAAACCGGAAACUGCAACUUUGGGCUUCAGUUAUCUGUUUCUUUUGAAAUUUGAGCUUCUUGGUUGCUAUUUCUAUCAAUUAUACCUGUAGUUUCAUUCUCCUCAUUGGAAAUUACUCAGGAACAUGUUUUAUUCUCUGAGAACUGAAUUGCUGUCUGAUCCUGAUGGGAAAUGUGGAGUUAAAUGAAUAGCACUUUUGUUGCAACA